AUGCAUUUGCUCAUGACCUGUUUAGCAUGCAAACAGAGUGGAAUAUCUUUUGUAGCUGUCCAUGACUCUUUCUGGACUCAUCCAGGCGAUGUGGAAAAGCUCAAUUCCCACAUCCGCCAAGAGUUUGUUCGUUUGCACAAGUCUGAGAUAGUGGCCAAUCUUCGAGAAGACUUGAAACAUGUCAAUCGAAACGCUUUUCAGGUUGUGUGGGUAGAUAAUACCGAGGCGAAGGACUUUAUUGUGGAGCUUAGCAAGUUGCGCCAACAAUACGGGCCUAGCAGAAACUCACCUUCAGCUUGGAAUAUAUGCCUUAAUGAAGAGUUCUCUGCCAACACAGAAGUGGAAAACUUGGUGGAGAGAUACCGGCCUGAGCUACUUUAUGAUUGUGGAAAGCAUGCCAUCGUGUAUGAUUCAAAGAGAGAAGUACGAGAGAGGGGAAAGAUAUCCAACAGAACGCAUACGCCCAUCCUUGUGCCCGUACAAAUCACAGAGAAACCGGAGUUGGGCGACUUGGACAUAGACCUUGUGCUUGAGAGCAAGUACUUCUUCUCUUGA